ACCACUACCCACCAAAUUAAGUUUCAUGAUCUAGAAAGUUAGAGUUUGGAAAAUCAAAGAAAACUUGAAACUUUAUUCUUGCUUGAGAUAUAUAGAGAGAUGGGAAGAGCUCCAUGUUGUGACAAAACAAGUGUUAAGAGAGGUCCAUGGUCACCAGAAGAAGAUUCAAAGCUUAAAGAUUACAUAGAGAAACAUGGCACUGGUGGAAAUUGGAUUUCUCUUCCUCAUAAAGCUGGUCUCAAGAGAUGUGGAAAAAGUUGUAGAUUGAGAUGGCUAAACUAUCUUAGGCCAAACAUUAAGCAUGGUGAUUUUUCAGAUGAGGAAGACAGAAUAAUUUGCAGUCUCUAUGUUAAUAUUGGAAGCAGGUGGUCAAUUAUAGCAGCUCAAUUACCAGGUAGGACAGACAAUGAUAUCAAGAACUAUUGGAACACAAAGUUGAAGAAAAAACUCAUGGCUAUGCAGUUUCCUACAUUACAUCAUCAAAGAAAACCUUCAUUUCCACCUUCUCCUUCUUCUCAUCAAUUCUUAGACUACUUUACACACACACCAACAUCCCUCAUAGAUCUUCAAACCAUUUCACUUCCUUCAAAUAAUUAUCCAAACACAAGUUUCAACCCCUUUUACCAAAACCAAGAGUCCAUGAUUAGUGUUGUUAAUCCUCCCAUGCAAUAUAAUUACCCUAUUAAAGAUAACAUGUUUAUGUUUGGAAGUGAAGGAAGUAGUUCUUCUGAUGGAAGUUGCACUCUUAGUCAUGGCAAAGAAAUCAAGCAAGAAGAAAUUGUUUAUCAUCAUAACAUGAAUAGUGGUGGAUUUGAUGGCUACAAUAAUAAUAAUAAUUUUAUGAUAAAUGGUAACAUUGGAAGUUUUGUUGGUGAAAGUGUUAACCAACAUGAAGAAAAAUCAAGUGGAGUUGGAUAUAGUUAUAAUAAUGGUCAAAGUCAAACAUUAAAUCCAUUACUAGAUUAUGGUCUUGAAGAUAUUAAGCAAUUGAUUAGUAGCAGCGGUAACAAAGGUUUUCAUGUUGAUGAUAUUCAUAAGAAUGAAGAGAUUGGUAUGUACUACUUUGAUUAUUAAAUCAGAGAAAAGUGAAGGUGCACCAUAAAGCUGAAUGUAGAGGAUCAAAUUUGAUGAUAUAAUGGGGUAAAGGGUAUGUUGGUGUAAAAAGAUUCAUAAGAGAUUGACUUUGAGAGAUUUUUUGGUUCAUGUGUUUUUUAUUUAAUUAAUGAAAUGUUUCUCUUAUGGUAAGUUUUAUUUAUAUUUUGUGCAUAUCUUCUUGGUA